GAGUUCUUUGACCAGAACCUUGAAUGAUGCUCAGCUACUGCAGAUUUUCCAAAACCCUCCAGCGGCAGAAAAUUAAACCAUUUCAUUCGCACAAUGCUUUGGUACCACAGGUUGAUUCAUGCCGCUCUUUUGUCCCUGUUCCACGGUACGUGAGGAUACAAAGAUACUCAACAGACAAUGCGAAGAAUACAAAUGCAGAUAAGCCUACUUCCAUCUUUAAAAUGGAGGGAGACACCUGGGACCAUGUCUUCAAAGGCAUAAAAAACAUGCCUCCUCUCACUUCAUCUGCGCUUCGAAAUCCUGCAAGUCAGACUCCUCGGCGGGUUCGCAGACAAGCAAUGUCAGCUACGGAAUUAAGCGCAUUUGACGACAUGUUUACCAUGAUCUUCGAUGCCGUUUCUGAGCAAAAAUCUUCGGAAAUGCGCUCUUCUGGCACUCAGGGAAAGACCUCCGAUCCGGGAGGACUGAAUGACCUCUUUGGAAAGUUACGGAAACAUUCGAAGAGGAUGAGAUGGACAACCGAAGAGGAGGAGCUAUUGGAUCGCAAGAAGGAGGCUAUGGAUUUGUGUGACACAGACCAGGAACUUCUAGAAUGGGCAAUUCGAGAGGUGUUUGACGAGUCGCAGAAAUUCGAAGCUGCAUCGAGAGAAGCACUGCAGAAAGUUACUUCCAGCCCAAACAAGACAUCUGCCGCAGAGAAUUUACCCAUCCUACAAUCACCCAUAUAUCCUCAUAUUAUUGCUCAUCUCAUGCGUACUUUCCGGGACAAGUAUCACGAUCCCCAUCUUGCAUUAUCAAUAUUUGACCAUGCUCGAAAUCUUUCCAUUCCAUCAUACGUGUUCGGGUGCACCACUCCUGCUUAUAACGAGCUCAUUGAAACGAAAUGGACACAUUUCCACGACUUGAAAGGUGUACACGACGCCCUGCAAGAAAUGGUUAUCAACGGCGUCGACGUUAACGAUAACACGCGGAAGAUAGUCGAUGGAGUGCGAAGACAAGUUGGCGAACGGAAUCUUUGGAUUGAGGAUGAUUACUUUGGCGAAGGGGAACUCUGGGAUGUACUCAAAUCGAUUGAGUCACUUGUACGAAAACCAGAAGCAGACAGUGAUAGAUCAAAGAGGUGGAAUGACUGGAAAACAUCUACUAAAGCCGAUAAAGAUUGGGCUUUCAAUCAAUGGGAUACAGCCUCAGAUUCCACAUCCAAGAGAUAUUAAACUUACACAUAUCGUCCUUACAUCACCGUCGGCAUAAUCUUACAUACGAGCAUUUGAUUGUAGGAUUAGAGUCAAAAGUCAUUCUUUGAGAUA